UACCUGCUGGAAAACUAGGCCUUUCAACACAGGCUGUGCCAUCAGUCUGCUACACCUGGUUGAUCUGGCAUUGGUGCAGGUCAACCUGGAGACUCACAAAUGGAGUCGGUGGCUUCUAAAGGGCAGAUCGGUGCGGUGAAGAUUAUGCUCCUGCACCCAGUGCCUUUCUUCAUCUUCAGGGACUCCGAAAAGUUGACGUGGUGCAGAAGAAAAUCCACAUAGACUUGUCGUAGUGGCCCUGUGACUAUGGUGUUCUGCAUCGGAGCACGAGGUCACGGGUUCGAUUCUCGACUGCAUUCCGAUGGGGCCAAAUGCAGAAACGGCCUGUUCCACGGGAGCGCUCUUCGCGCGUGGUGUUCUAAACGCAGACGCCGACCUACUAUACCACCAUGAACUUCCUGCCCCUACUGAUGACUAUGUACGGAAUGAGUCACCCGGAAGGGCACGACUCCGGGGUGACGGCCCGCAGAACCAUGCUGAGGUCGGCGCCGCACCACCACGAACUGGGAUCGAACUCGGUGCUGGAAGACCAGGGGUACAUGUACGGCGAGCUGACCAAGGAAGACUUCGGCGACAUCGCGCUGUCGGUGAAGCGUCACGAACACCUGGCGGCGCACUUAGUUAUCUUCGAAGUGGCGAGGCCGCUCUCCUUUCCGCAGCUGCCUGGACAAUUCGACAUGUCCGGAAACCUCAGACACUUCGUGCCCCAGAGUCCGGACAAGGUGAAGCCCCAGUUCUUGCUGUAUUCGAACAAGGCCUCGCAUCUCGGCAAGUUCGUCUUCGAGACGGGCUUGGAUCCGGAAGGCUUCAAGAAGAUGGCGUCACUGAUUGAUCCCGGCCAGAAGUUUUACAUCAUCGUGCACGGCUUUCUGAGCAGCGCUAAGACGGCGUGGAUGGUGGACAUGAAGGAACAGAUACUGGACAAGGAGAACGCGUCCGUGGUUCUCUUGGACUGGAGCCACGGCUGCGGCUCCAUUCUGGGCUACAGCACGGCGGCGGCCAACACGCGCACCGUGGCCCGCUCGCUGGCGCUGCUGGUCAAGACCCUGGCUGACGCCGGCGUGGUGAAGCUCGAGCACGUACACUACAUCGGCCACAGCCUGGGCGCCCAGACGGGAGGCUUCUUCGGCAAGGACGUCAAGCAGCUUACGGGAAAAGUCGUCGGACGCAUCACCGGUCUGGACCCCGCGGGACCGCUAUUCGAGUCUUACGGCGUCCAUCUGACAAAAGACGACGCCGUCUUCGUGGAUGUGCUGCACACGAGCAUCGGCAGCGGGUGGACGGACAUAGUCCAGGGCCGGCUGGGAAUGAGCACCAGUUGCGGACACGUGGACUUCUACCCCAACGGCGGCAGGGAGCAACCGGGCUGCUGGAGAUUCACCUCCUGCUCGCACUCGAAGUCGACCGAGUUCUACGCCGAGUCGGUGCGCAAGUGCGACUUCCCGACUCGCUUGUGCAAGAGCUACGAGGACUUCGUGGACGGGAAGUGCGUGCCCAGCUGCGAGGACGGCCGCACCUGCGGUCACAUGGGCCAUCCGGCCAGACUGCCGCAGGCCGGCGACCACUUCACGAAGACCACUAAGGAGCAGUGCCCGCCCAGGGGCAUCGGCUUCAACCUGCAAGUGCAGACCGUGCUUCGGAGAAUGGACCCGGAGGAGAUGCUGCUGCAGUCGCUGGGACGUUCGGUGCAGAUCCUGCUCAAACAGGCCACACCCGAAGAACGCCGGGAACUCCUGGACGCGCUCAGGAAGGAGCUGGACGAGCGAACCGGUCACGGGUCCGCGUGAAAUGCAUGAGUGACCGCUGGACUGACCGCCGGACUGACCGCUAGGGUUGGUCUUAGCACGGGCUUACAUCGUAUUCUACUGUUGGCCAUACUGUUGUGUGAACAUUACCGCACGUUUGUGCUUUAUAAAGUGAGGAAGUUGGGGAA